AUCCUGGAGAAGAUCGCGGAGAUCGAGAAGGAGAUCGCCCGGACCCAGAAGAACAAAGCUACGGAGUACCACCUGGGCCUGCUGAAGGCCAAGCUUGCCAAGUACAGAGCUCAGCUUCUGGAGCCUUCCAAAUCAGCUGCGGCCAAAGGGGAAGGCUUCGAUGUGAUGAAGUCGGGGGAUGCCCGGGUGGCGCUGAUCGGUUUUCCUUCUGUGGGUAAGUCCACAUUUCUAAGUUUAAUGACUUCCACGGCUAGUGAAGCAGCUUCUUAUGAAUUCACCACAUUGACCUGCAUUCCUGGAGUCAUAGAGUACAAAGGAGCCAAUAUCCAGCUUCUAGAUCUUCCAGGGAUCAUUGAAGGAGCUGCUCAAGGGAAGGGCCGAGGACGCCAAGUGAUUGCUGUGGCCCGGACCGCAGAUGUUGUCAUCAUGAUGCUGGACGCCACCAAGGGCGAAGUGCAGAGAGCUCUCUUGGAAAGGGAACUAGAAACGGUGGGCAUUAGGCUGAAUAAAAAGAAACCCAACAUCUACUUCAAGCCCAAGAAGGGAGGUGGUAUCUCUUUCAACUCCACCGUGACGUUGACCCAGUGCUCGGAGAAGCUGGUGCAACUCAUCCUCCAUGAAUACAAAAUCUUCAAUGCCGAGGUUCUGUUCAGGGAAGACUGUACUGCGGAUGAAUUCAUCGACGUCAUUGUUGGCAAUCGAGUGUACAUGCCCUGCCUUUACGUUUAUAACAAAAUUGAUCAGAUCUCCAUGGAAGAGGUUGACCGCCUGGCUCGGAGGUCCCAUAGCGUAGUGAUUAGCUGUGGAAUGAAGCUGAAUUUGGACUACCUGCUGGAGAUGCUGUGGGAAUACCUGGCUCUCACCUGCAUCUACACAAAGAAAAGAGGCCAGAGACCAGAUUUUUCAGAUGCCAUCAUUCUGCGAAAAGGGGCCUCAGUACAGCACGUGUGCCAUCGAAUUCACCGGACAUUAGCUGAUCAAUUCAAGUACGCCCUUGUGUGGGGAACCAGCACCAAGUACAGCCCUCAGCGAGUGGGGCUCAGCCACUUGGUGGAGCACGAAGACGUCAUCCAGGUGGUCAAGAAGUAAUUGCCAGGACCUUGCUCCGCCCCGCAGAGUUUCCAUGCAGCUUAACUGUAAAGUGUGUGAAAACUGAACUCCCUGCUGCCCCACCCUGGUCAAAGGAGACGGCGGGGGACAUUUUUCUCCAGUUCCAGGAAGGAGAGAGGACACAGAUGAAUAAUGAAAAAGCUUUCCCAUUCAGGACACAGAAGGAGAAGGAUUUUCUCCCAAGUGGGAGGCUCGUUUUGAUGGCAGCCUUUAUAAAACCUGUUGCUGAGUGCCUUUCGAGCAUUUGACAGGAGUUGAUUUGGGACCGAAUGAUUGCGACAUCCUUGCUACCUGAACAGCCACCUCUGAUUUGUGAACUGGCGGCCUCAAAGUGGGGUGUUGGAUCCGGAACGAAGAACCUGCCAUUCCCUAUUCAAAACUCAGCCUGGCCACCUCUUCUCU